CUUUGUUAACAAACAAAACAUUCAAAGACACAGUGAAAGGUUAAAUAAUGGGUCGAAAGAGUGCUAAGAAAAUGGUGGUUAAAUCCACAAAGAAAGUCGUAGAAGAAAGCGUUCAAGUUUCAGUUAUCAGCAGCAACAAAAGAUUAACACGAAGAAACAAAGACAUUCAAACAGAAGACGAAGAAAAAGAGCAAGUUAUAAGAGUCAUUCCCGUUCAUGAAGCUCAAGAAACAAAAGGAGACGAUUCAACUUCCAGCACAACAACGAUCACGACCGAAAACAACAAAAACAACGACCAGCAAAAAGAGCAAAAAGAACAAAACAGAAACAUUAGUAUCAUCAAAGAGGAGGUGAAAAAGAACAAGACACAAAACGGUAAGAAGAAAAGGAGGAAGAGUGUAGAAGGGUACCAAAGGUAUGUGUACAAGGUGUUAAAACAAGUGCAUCCUGGAAUGGGAGUUUCAUCAAAAUCCAUGGUGAUUUUGAACAAUUUUAUGAACGAUAUGUUUGAGAGAGUAGCUAGUGAGGCUAGUAAACUGAAGGACUAUACAGGAAACAUGACAUUGUCAUCAAGGGAGAUUCAAGGAGCGGUUAAGCUUGUUUUGCCUGGUGAGCUUGGGAAACAUGCUAUGGCUGAAGGGAUUAAAGCUGUCAACAACUAUACCUCUUAUGAAUCUGCAUGAUGUUAAAAGUCUAUGUAUAAUUAAUCACAUUAAGUAAGUAAUGUUAUGAUGUGUGUGUAAUUGGAUUUAGGUGUUUAGUAUUUUGGUUGCAUGUUGUAUUGUGUGUACAAUGUAGAUUACUAGUCAAUGUGUGCAAGUUAGUUUUAAAAUUGGACUUUUCUUUUAGACA